UUAUUCUACAAGUCACUCCCUCGGUUACGUAGACUGCGCAGCGACAAGUGAGCUUGCGGUCAUUUCCUACGCAGAGAUUCCUGACCAGAAUAGCCAUAAUGGCCUACGAGUUCAUCAUGAACCUCGACAGAGAGAUUGUUGCCGUCUGGUGUAGGAAGUGGACGACUAUAUCAUCUAUUCUGGUCAUCCUGCGGUGGACGCUCGUUUUACAAAUGUUGUUUUCCUGGCUUAGUGGUCCUACAGUGCGUGAUUUCCCAAUUCUGGCCAACUUCCCUCACCAGCCAAUCAUUUUAGGCGUCAGUACUUUCGACAUUCCACGACCUGUUAUCUGACGCUGGGAGGGAACCACAGUUGCAGAUUUACCAUCAUUUUGAACCAAGCUGCCUGGGUGAUUGUGGCCCUGGCUCUUGCAUGUAAGUUCACCUCCAUGUCUUCUUCUCAUAAGUCGCUCGUAAAUUCCCCACUUGUUACAGUGUUCGGAGCUCUCGGUCUUCACGCUAUUUCGAAGGCGAGAUAUCAUCUAUCUGCUCUGAUGUUCAUGUUGGAAGCGGUGCCUCCGGUCUUUAGCUUGGUGCGCUCAAUAUUCAAUGCUAGUACUUAGUGGCCAUGUCAGCUUGCUCGCAGGUCAUGGCCGUACGAUCCAGAUAUGAUUACAUAGGGGAGCCCGUUUAUCAGUGCAGCCAGGUCAGUAUGUUGAGCCAGCGAUUUGUCGAAAUGUAGGUC